UACAUAGUAGCAAAUAAUUGAAAUACUCAAGUAAAGUGCACGUACUUCAUCAUUUUGACUUAAGCACAGUACUUGAGUACAUGUACUUAGUUACCUUACACCACUGCUUGAAAGUGCAAAGCAUAUUGAAAGACUUUCAAUCUUCAUGUAAUUUUUACUAUCCAGUACUUUGAUGUUUGACACAAAACAUAACAUGUAACACGAACAUUCAGCUAGUGUCUAAUGCUAAAUAGCAUGUGGGGGACUCGGCUUGGAAACUUGAGAGUCUGCGGUUCAAGUGAACUUGCCUCCCAGGCAUUGCUGACGUUUGUCAUGAUUCUAACAUGGGUCAGGACAGGAAUCACCAGUUUAAGGAUAAAUCUGACUUAAUCUGUACAAUCAUAAUGUCAAAGCUCACUUCAGAGGGCAGAUGUCUCUUCUAACAGUCUACUCAACUAGCUUCAUAACUUCCCCUGUUCCUCAAGGGCCCCUGAGAUUCUCUUCAAACCUGAGCUGAUUGGACAGGACCAUUAUGGGAUGCAUGAGAGCGUUUACAAGUCAAUCCUCAGCUCAGACAUUGACCUGCGGCGCAGCUUCCUGGGAAACAUCGUCCUGUCAGGCGGAAACACUCUGCUGCCCGGCCUUCCUGAGCGGCUCCAGGCUGAAAUCAAAGGACUGGUUCCCACGGACACGGGGGAGAGCGUUCACGUCACCAGCCCCAAGGACAGAGACUUCUCAGUGUGGAGCGGGGGGGCAGUGCUGGCCAACCUGCCCACCUUCAGCUCCGCCUGGAUCAGCCAGAAGGAAUACGAGGAGCACGGGCCGCAGAUCGUCUUCAGGAAGUGCUUUUGAGACGGCCUGAGGAACGUUAAGUGCAAUAUCACACAGCUCUAAUGCAGUGUCAUGGAUAGUAUGAGCCAUUCAUUAUAAGCCCUUUUUUUUUAUAUUUGUCUUUUUAUGUAUUAAGUUUACCCUCUCUUCAUUAGUGUGGAUCCUCAUUUGUGAACAUUUAAGAGAAACAAGGGUUUCUCUUGACCUGCUGCUCUUUUGACGGCUUUUCUACUUUGAUCCACAAAACCUGGGAGGGAGGAAACUGGAGUUUGUGUCAUACAAUUCCUGUCAGUCCAUGUUAUUGUCCCUCAAUACAUUUGACCUAUGUCUAAAGUUUCCUAUUUGGGAAUAUAUAUAUAUAUAUAUGUCUCAAUAAUUUAAGCAGAAGUUUAUUGAUGUUUUUUGGACUAGAAUUGAUGCUGGCCUUUAAUCGAUGUCUGCCAACUUUGUUUCCAGGAUAAGCAUAUGAGGGACAUGAGGAGAACUAAAUAUGCUGACUCCAAAAAUAUGUAUUAAUCUAAUAUCAAAUUAUGGUGUAUUUAUUCAACAAUUUUUUUAUUAAUUUGCUACAACAAACUGUCUUUGUGUGUUAGACAUGGUGAUGGUUGCAUUCAUUUGGAAACCGGGGCCAGUGCAGCUGUGUCAUGUUCACAAUGACACAGCUGCACGGACAUUCAAUCAUUUCUACAAUGAGUUUUAGGGCCAAUGUUAGGACAAAUAUGUUCUCAUAAUACCAUGACUUAGUGCUCAUGAUACCAUGACUUAGUGCUCAUGAUACAUGACUUAGUGCUCAUGAUACCAUGACUUAGUGCUCAUGAUGUUGCUCUUUUUCCCAGAUUUUUUUCUUGAAAUGUUACUAUUUUUUUUUUACAUUUUAUUGUAACAUUACAACUUUUUUCCUCAAAAAUGAUUACUUUUUAAGUUUUUUUUCCUGUGUUUAUAUCCUGAUGUUUUUCAAAGUAUUUUUCAUGAUUGAACAUUUUGGGAUGUAAUAGUUUAUUCUCAAUUUCUUACAUGUUUUUUUUCCCUAGCAGUGGCCCUAGUAAUUCCAAAUCAAAGCAAAAACAUAUUUGAACAAAACCACUUACUAUUGCAGUAAUAUUUACAGGAGGGAUGAAAUGUGGAUUUGUGUUAUAAGAAGCAUGUGUUCUAGAAAACUGCUGAGUCCUGUGUUACUCAGAUGUUUCAUGACCCUGCACUUAAGUCAACUUUUGGUUAGAACAUAUGUAUGUAUCUGGUAAGGAAGUGCAGAUCCAUGGAGGAAGAUGUGAUGUACAGUAUGGACGUGUUGUGCCUGUCACUUGAUCUCAGUCUGUUGAAUCAGCAGAUGUUAAUGCUACUGCUGCAGGUACAGUGUGGUGUCUAAAGUUUUCUAUUUGAGUGCAGUGUAUUGCCACUCAUUUGUUUGUUUUUUCUCAAAUGUUAUCUGAGAUGAAAACCGUGUUUGUGUGGAUUUUUUUAAACUUGUACAGUAGUGUCGAUAUCAGUGAAGUGUGCCAACAGUGCCAAAACGUGUAAGUUUUUAUUUUUCACCGUGGAUCCUUAAAGCCCUCUGCCGAACCUGUGUAUAUUUAUACUCUUAUGUUCUUUUUUGACUGUUUAUCAUUUGCAUGUAGUUGCAUGUUGUUUAUUUGAGCCUUUUGUGCAUGUAUUCUUGUCUUUAUGUUUUAAGAUGUGUUGUCUCUCCAAGCACAGGGUAAUCAUGUGAACAAAACCAUAGUAUUUAUGUCUAGUCUGUUUUUGUUUUUUAUAACAAUAAAUAUUUUAAUCCUUA